AGAAACAAUAAAAAAGAAGAAACCGAAACUUUCCGCACUCAGUCAAAUCAAAGCCUCCAUGAGAGUAAGAUGAUGAGCUCGUGUGGCGGUGAAUCUCCGACUCCAACAACCUACUCUUUCCUCUCCUUCCUAUCACAUCCAUGGAUAUCCGCCGGUUGCAACUCCGAGGAAGCCUCUCGCUUUAUGUGGAACUACGCCGCCUGGGAGCUGAAUGCGUUUCUCUGGAUUUCUCUUAUUGGUAUCACUUCGCUUCUCACACAGAAACUGUUUAAGUUUUUCAAGUUAUGGAUUCAGGCUCGGCGGAUUCCCGGUCCUCCUUGCUCCUCCUUCUACGGCCACUGCGGUCUCGCCUACGGAGAAAGACUUAUAGACCUCUUGUCUGAUUCGCACAAGCAGUAUGGAUCAGUGGUGAAGUUGUGGCUAGGACCGACUCAGCUUCUUGUUUCAAUAAAGGAUCCAGAUCUUAUCAAGGAGAUCCUUUUGAAGGCUAAGGAUAAACUGCCUUUGACUAGAAAGGCUUUCCGGUUAGCCUUUGGACUAUCGACCUUCUUUGUUUCCUCUUUUGACAAGGUGCAAAAGAGGCGAGAUUCACUGACAAAUGAAUUGAAUGGAAGAUUGCUUGGGGGAGCAAACAUUCUAUCUACCAAGGCUACAGACUGUGUCAUGGAAAAAGUACAGCAGAUGGUGAGCAGGGGGAGUAUUGAUUCUAAACUGGUUUCUCAACACAUGGCCUUUACCUUGUUGGGAGCUACACUCUUUGGAGAUGCAUUCCUGGAUUGGUCUAAGGCAGCUUUAUAUGAACAGCUCCUAAUGAAAAUUGCCAAGGAUGCUUGCUUUUGGGCCUCUUAUAAUGUUACUCCAUUCUGGAAACAGGGGUUUUGGAGGUAUCAGCAUUUAUGUAUAAAGUUAAAAUCCCUCACUCAAGAUAUCGUGCAGCAGUGCAGAACAAAUUACAAGCUAUUUUGUUGUAUGAACCCAAGCUCCAAUAACCAAACUGCUAAUGUGAGAAUGGAGACUGUUUUUGGUGCACCAUCUUUUUCUGGUGUUGUGGUACAGGAUAACCAUUCCAUGCAGGAGCUUAAUGAUCAUCUAAAUGCAAGAGAUGAACCAUGUGGCAAUCUUAUGGGUGUGAUGUUUCAUGGAUGUUUAACAACAGCAGGCUUGAUCAGUAAUAUGUUGGAGAGGCUUGCUAGACAUCCAGAAAUACAGGAUAAAAUUCACUUAGAGAUAAUCAUGGCACAGAUAUGUUCAGUAAAGGGAGAUCAACAUAAUGUUGAUUUGAUGCCCUUGUUAUUGGCAACUGUUUAUGAAUCCGCUCGUCUUCUGUCAGCAGCACCUUUACUACAGAGAUGUUCCCUGGAACAUGAUUUGAGGCUUAAGUCUGGAGUAAUCAUACCAGCUGGAACAGUGCUUGUUGUCCCUGUACAGUUGGUGCAUAGGGAUAAUUCUAGCUGGGGGAAUGAAGCUGGCAAAUUUAAUCCCUAUCGCUUUCUUUCAAAGGCUGGAAAAAUUCCUGAUUUGGUGCACCAUGAAGGUGCUGAAGAACUUUUGGAUCAUGGACAGAGUUCAUUUGUUUUGAAUCAUCCAGAUGAGAAUCCAGUUUUUCUUUCCUUUGGUUCUGGUACACGAGCAUGUGUUGGGCAGAAAUUUGUAAUGCAUGCAGUGGCAACACUAUUUGCAUCAUUGCUUGAACAAUAUGAGGUGAGACUUCAGCCAGGUUCAAAAGACCCUUCAACAAUAAUGAAAAACAGUUCUGUCUUUCAAAAAAUUCCUAGUCAAGAGAUAGCUUUUGUGAGAAGGAAUACCUGAAAGAAUGAAGAGACACAGGAUCAUAGCCUGGUGGGAAUUAUUUCAUUGUGUUCGUGUUGUCAAAAUGUUUUUGAUGGAGAAGGCGCCUCAUCAUAUUUUUUCCACCAGAAUUGUUUGGGAAUUUUUUUUUUUUCUUUAGUUCCUUAGCAGUCUGAGUGGAGGAUAUUACAUGAGUCCGUUGCAUUACAACUCAUGUUUUUUUCCCUCGCUGGCUCCAGUGCUGUCUUUGAUGCCAUCACAAGUUUUUUAGCAUUGUUUUUGAAGCACGUUGCUCAUGCCCCGGUGGCGUAGAUUUCCUUCCGCUUGUCUUCUCCAUCUUUGAGCUUUUCCUAGCCACUUUCCCUUUUUUCUCCCGAAAGGAGUUCGUGCUGUUUUAUAAUGUUCACCAAUUACGUACCAGAACUUCAAAAUUUUAUUGCUACAAAAUGUGUAUCAUUUGUGUCUCAGUUCUCUCUUCUUUUCUGUGAGUGCUUUCAUGCUUUUGAUAAGGUUUUUUUGGUUUCCCACCUGGUAUCCGAGGGUUCACCUCGAUUA